AUGGAGAGGGUUUCUUCUGCAAAGAUGAAAGCUUGGCCCAAAGAUGACUUCACUGAUAUAGUUAUUUCGUGGACUCUGGAAGACAUUUUUAACCAGAAUCUGUUCAACGACCAGGUCGAGAAGAUUCCGGAAACAUUCAAUUCAGCGGACCAUUAUCUAUGUUCUUUUUUCUUUCCUGUAUUGGAAGAAACACGUGCUCAGCUUGCAGCUUCUAUGGAUGUAAUGGACAGAGCGCCGUUUGCUGAAGUGAUCGCCAUUGAUGCGGUGAACAAACAUGGGGAACCUCUAUAUAGUGUUAAGGUGGACGUUUGGAAGAAUAGAGUGCGUGAUGACAGAGAGCCAUACAGAACAUUGCCUGGAGAUAUUGUUGUGAUCUCAGAUAAUAGACCAGUGAGUGCUUCUGAUUUGGAUCGAGCUGGGUCGAACUGGACACUUGCUUCAGUUGUUAAUCUCGUGAAUGAUGAGGAAGAUGGUGCCAAUAUCUCCACAAAUUUUAAAGUGAAAAUGCCGACUGAUCUCACUCCCGAUCUUGAGAAAUAUGAAGGAUUCCACAUUGUGUUCUUAGAAAACAUCACAACGCAUAAAAGGAUUUGGAAUGCAUUGCACAUGAGGAAAAACAUGAAGAUUAUUGACUCGGUUUUGUACACGAAUGGUGAGCUCAUUCCAUUUAUACUGUAUGUCUUCAUAAACCUUAUCGUUUUGGUGAGAAUUAUUUCACUCAAGGCUGAGAAGAAAUGUUAUCUCUGCUCUCCUCAUCCUGAUAAUAUUGGUUGCACUGACAGAAUUGGGACUGGCAUGUUCUCCAAACUGAAUGAAUCACAAGCGAAUGCUGUACUGACUUGCCUUGAAAGGGUGAAAUGUGACCAAAUAUCGCAUGUUGAUCUGAUAUGGGGUCCUCCUGGUACUGGAAAGACAAGUACGAUCAGUAUAUUGCUUUAUAUGCUCUUGAAAAUGAAUUGCAGAACACUUAUCUGUGCGCCUACAAAUGUGGCAGUAACACAAGUUGCCGCUCGGGUGAUAAAACUUGUGCAAGAGUCUUUUAAAGGUGAAUCCUCAGAGAAAUAUUUGUUAUAUCCUUUGGGUGAUGUGGUCCUACUUGGAAACAAGGAUAGAUUAAAGAUGGGGGGUGAUAUUGUGGAGAUCUAUUUAGACAAUCGUGUUGACAGGCUUGUUGAGUGUUUGGGGCCACUGAAAGGUUGGAGACAGUGCAUUGAUUCCACAGUUCAUUUUCUUGAAGAUUGUGUUUCUGAUUAUGAUAUCUUUGUUGAAAAUGAAUUGAAAAUGAGAGAGUUGAAUGUUAAAGGUGAAACUUUGAAGGAUAGCAUAAAACCCACAUCCUUUCUUAAGUUUAUUAAAUUGCGGUUUGAGGUUAUAGUAUCAGCCCUCAGAAGUUGCAUGCUUAUAUUUUGUACUCAUUUACCAAGGCAUUUCAUUCAAGAAAAAAAUUUCCAAGAUAUCAUGUCCCUGAUAUGCUUAUUGGAUUCUCUAAAAGAAAUGAUAUUUCAGGAGCAUAUGAGAUCUGCGAAAUUGAAGGACCUAUUUUCACAGCCAGUUUCCUCUAAGCCAUUUGUGAAUACAUCUUCUUUGCUCUGCUUGAGAAUCCAGUGCAUCUCCAUUCUUAAAAUGCUUCUACAUUCUUUGGGAGUACUUGAACUUCCAAGCGCAUUAAAUAAAGCUUCAAUAAAGGAAUUCUGUUUAAGGUCGUCAUCCUUGAUUUUCUGCACUGCUUCUAGUUCAUAUAAGAUGCAUUCAACUGAGAUGGAACCUUUCAACUUAUUGGUCAUUGAUGAAGCAGCUCAGUUGCGGGAAUGCGAAUCUAUUAUACCACUUCAACUUCCUGGUCUAAAACAUGCAAUUCUUGUAGGUGAUGAAUGCCAAUUACCAGCAACUGUUUGCAGCCAAGUGUGUUCUGAAGCUGGUUUUGGAGGAAGCUUAUUUGAAAGGCUAAGUUCAUUGGGGCAUUCAAAGCUCUUGCUUAAUGUGCAGUACCGGAUGCAUCCAGCAAUAGGCCAUUUUCCAAAUUUGAGUUUCUAUCGUAUGCAAGUCCUAGAUGCUCCAAAUGUUAGAAGCAAAGCCUACGAGAGACAGUAUCUCCAGGGAAACAUGUUUGGUCCAUAUUUGUUUAUUAGUGUCCCCAGUGGAAAAGAAGAAUCAGAUGAUUUUGGGCAUAGCAAAAGAAAUAUGGUUGAGGUGGCUUUAGUAAUUAAGAUUCUGCAGAACCUGUACAAAUUUUGUAGCUCCAGAAAGAAGCUUAGCGUUGGUGUUAUAUCUCCUUAUACUGCUCAAGUUGUUGCGAUAAAAGAUAGAAUUGGUAGAAAGUAUGACAACCUUAAUGGCUUUUCAGUUAAGGUGAAGUCUACUGAUGGGUUCCAGGGUGGGGAAGAAGAUGUUAUAAUAUUAUCCACUGUUAGAUCUAACCGUAGUGGCUCAAUUGGUUUUUUGUCUAGUUUGCAAAGAACUAAUGUUGCUCUGACAAGAGCCAGACACUGUUUAUGGAUCUUGGGAAAUGAAAGGACGCUUGUUGAUAGCAAUUCAGUUUGGGAAGGAUUAGUUCUAGAUGCAAAGGAUCGCCAAUGCUUCUUUUGUGCUGCUGAAGAUAGUGAUCUGUUGAAAACUGUUAUAGAUGUCAAGAAAGAGCUGGAUCAACUUGAUGAUUUGCUUAAUGCAGAUAGCAUCCUAUUAAAAAAUCAAAUAUGGGAGGUUCUAUUGAGUGACAAUUUCAGAAAAUCAUUUAAAAAUCUUGUGUCAUCCCGCUUGAGAAUGGCAGUGCUUAAUCAUUUAUGUAAGCUUGCUAGUGGAUGGAGACCAAAGAGGAAAUGUGUGGACUUGGUGUGCGAAAGCUCAUUCCAGGUUGUGAAACAGUUUAAGAUUGAAGGGUACUACAUUAUCUGCACCAUUGACAUUCAGAAGGAUUUGAACUACAAACAAGUGUUGAGGGCCUGGGAUUUAUUGCCUCUUGAUGAGGUUGGCAAAUUAGUGAGACGCCUUGAUAGCAUAUUCGCUAUGUAUAAUGAUGAUUUUAUCGAUUUGUGUAAACUGAAAUGCUUUGAUGGGGUCUUGGAAGUUCCAAAAGUCUGGCCAGGUUCUUAUGAUCUGGUAAGGUUCAAGAAUCCUAGUGAGAGAGUGGCUGAUUACUCAAAUGAUGGUGUGGUGGACGGUAGUAGUUAUGCUGAAAAUUCUAGAGUAAGUGAAAGCUUACUUUUGAUGAAGUUUUACGCCUUAUCAUCUGGCAUUGUCAACCAUCUGCUCUCUGAUAACCAUGGUGAAGAAAUUGAUAUCCCUUUUGAAGUGACUGAUGAGGAAAAGGAGUUAAUCCAAUCAGGAAGGAGUAGUUUCAUACUGGGUCGAUCAGGCACUGGGAAAACCACUGUGUUGACCAUGAAAUUAAUUCAGAAGGAGCAACUGCAUCAGCUUGCCUUAGGGGGAGUGAUGAAAGAUGAGACAAAUGAGAUAAGCAAGUAUGCAGGAGAAAGUAGCUUUUCUAGAGCUGAGAUUGCAAUGAUGAGCCAAUCUGAAGCUGAGGCGAAGAAGCCUACUCUAAGGCAGCUUUUUGUCACAGUUAGUCCAAAACUAUGCUUUGCAGUCAAGAAACAAGUUUCUAAUUUGAAAUGCUUUGUUGACGGGGGCAAAUUCUCUGCUGGGAACAGUGUGAUGGAUAUGGAUGAUUUGGAUGGAUUUUCACAUUUUAAAGACAUUCCAAAUUCUUUUGUUGGCAUUCCAGACAGUAAGUAUCCUCUGGUAAUCACUUUUCACAAGUUUCUGAUGAUGCUUGAUGGAACACUGUGGCCUUCAUACUUUGACCGUUUCCAUGAUACAAGCACACUUUCUCUGAACCGUAUUUCAAGAUCAGUCACUUUAGAUACUUUCAUACGAGGGAAAGAGGUUAACUUUGACCGCUUUUGUUGCUUGUAUUGGCCACAUUUCAAUUCCCAAUUGACAAAGAAUCUUGAUCCUUCCAGAGUGUUUACUGAGAUAAUUUCGCAUAUAAAAGGAGGCUUGCAGGUGUGUGAGACUGAUGGUGCAAAACUCACCCGUGAGGGAUAUAUUUCAAUGUCUGCGAACAGGGUUUCUACUGUGAAUGAGAAGAAGAGAGGGGAAAUUUAUGAUAUCUUUCUUGAUUAUGAAAAAAUGAAGAUGAAGCGAGGAGAAUUUGAUUUAGCUGAUUUAGUGAAUGAUCUUCAUCGUCGGUUAAAGAGUGAAAACUUGAAUGGUGACAAAAUGGAUUUUGUAUACAUUGAUGAAGUUCAAGACCUUACAAUGAGGCAGAUUUCACUGUUCAAGUAUAUUUGCAAAAAUGUCGAUGAAGGCUUUGUAUUUUCUGGUGAUACAGCACAAACAAUUGCUAGGGGGAUAGAUUUUAGGUUUGAAGAUGUGCAGUCUUUAUUCUAUGAGGAGUUUAUGAUGAAAUUAAAGGGUGAUGGACCUCCGGCACGAAAAGAUAAAGGUCAUCUUGCAGGGGUCUCUUGUUUGCUACAGAACUUCCGUACUCAUGCUGGUGUUCUAAGGCUUGCACAGAGUGUAAUUGAUAUUCUUUAUCACUAUUUCCCUCUAUCUAUUGAUGCUUUGGCACCAGAGACCAGCCUUAUAUAUGGUGAAGCUCCUGUAUUACUUAAGCCUGGCAGUGAUGAAAAUGCUAUUGUAACUAUCUUUGGUAACAGUGGGAGUAAUAGUGGGAAAAUGGUAGGCUUUGGUGCCGAGCAAGUCAUAUUAGUGCGUGAUGAGGCUGCUAAGAAGGAAGUUUCAGACUUUGUUGGAAAACAGGCGCUUAUUUUAACAAUAGUUGAAUGCAAGGGCUUAGAGUUCCAGGACGUAAUGCUUUAUAACUUCAUUGGUUCUUCACCACUUAGAAAUCACUGGAGAGUAGUAUAUGAGUAUAUGAAACAACAAGAUUUACUUGACUCAGAAUUUCAUCAAUGCUUCCCGUGCUUUUCUGAAGCAAGGCACGCAAUUUUGUGUUCUGAAUUGAAGCAGCUCUAUGUGGCUAUAACAAGGACAAGGCAAAGGCUAUGGAUUUAUGAGAGUGUAGAGGAGUUUUCGAAACCAAUGUUUGAUUAUUGGAUGAAAAUGUGUCUUGUGGAGGUAAGGGAGGUUGACGACUGUCUUGCUCAGGCUAUGAGAAUGGCAAGCACACCUGAGCAGUGGAAAUCUCGGGGAAUAAAAUUCUUUUGGGAUAAACAGUAUGAAAUGGCUAUUAUGUGUUUUGAAAGGGCAGGAGAGAGUAAGUGGGAGAAAAGAGCUAAAGCUUCCAGAAUCAGGGAAGCUGCAUACCGGAAGCGGGAUUCAAAACCCAUUGAGUUCUAUACCUCCUUGCGGCAAGCUGCUGAAAUAUUUGAGUCUAUUGGACGGUUUGAGUCCGCAGCCGAGUGUUAUUGUGACUUGAAUGAAUAUGAACUUGCAGGUAUUAGUUUUUCCCUAUUCACUUUAAGUUGCAUCUUUGGCAUGAAGGCAUCUUAUUGCUGGUGUUUCUUCCAAAUUUCAAUGGGCACUGCUUAUUUAAUCAAAUUUCCUACAAUUGUUGUAAAUUCACCACCUGAUGUGUAUGAAUCUUCAAUGUCGGUCAAGCAUUCUGAAGCUUUGUUUUUCUGUUUCUACUGUGCUACAGGAAGUAUUUAUUUGAACAAGCGUAGUGAACAAGAGCAUGAAAAGGCUGCAGAGUGCUAUACAUUGGCACGAUGUUAUGAGACUGCCGCAAAGAUAUAUGCAAGGCAAAAUUGUUUCUCAGAGUGUUUGUCUGUUUGCAGCAAGGGACGACACCUUUAUGAUAUGGGAUUGGAAUAUGUAGAAUACUGGAAACAACAUGCUCAAGAAAGAAGAAAGGAAAUAGAUGGAAUUGAGCAGAAAUUUCUUGAAAGUUGUGCAUCUGAUUUCUUUAAGUGUAAUGAUAAGAAAUCAAUGAUGAAGUUUGUGAAAGCUUUUAAGACGUUGGACCAUAUGCGUAUGUUCUUGAAGCCUCGGGAUUGUUUGGAUGAAUUGUUAUGGUUAGAGGAAGAGUCCGGGAAUUAUGCUGAAGCUGCAGAGCUUGCACAUCUGAAAGGAGAUCUCCAACGAGAGGCGGAUCUUUUAGGUAAAGCUGGAAAUUUUAGCAAGGCAUCCUCACGAAUCCUUUGGUAUGCGCUUGUCAACUCUUUGUGGGUGCGUGGAUGCUGGGCAGCCUGGCCCCUGAAGUCAUUUGAAUCUAAGCAUGAACUCUUGAAGAAGGCCAUUUCGUUUGCAAGUAAUGAAUCUGACGCUUUCUAUGAAUCUGUUUGUACAGAGGCAAAGAUCUUGUCACAUAAUCCAAGUAGUUUGUGUGAAUUGAGACGUGCUCUAAGUGCUACGCAUAAAUGUGGGAGUCUCAGAGGUGAAAUUUUGUGUCUAAGAAAAAUUAUAGAUGUUCAUACUCAAAUUGAUGUCACAAAGUACUCAUGGGAAGAGAAGUUUCCAGUUGACCUGAAGUACCCAGAUGACACAUUGUUCUGUGACCAACUCUCUGUUGGAACCCUCUGUCAUUUUUGGAAUCUAUGGAGGAGAAAUAUAUUAGACGUUUUUGAGUCACUAAAGUGUCUUGAGGUACAGCGGGAUUUUGGUAAAUAUAAAGGCUAUGGGGAGUUCUGCUUGAACUGUUUUGGUGUGCGGCGACAGUUUACUGAUAUGAAAGUGACCUAUCUUCUGUCAAAUCCUGAUGCUGAAUGGGUUAAAGAGGUUCAUCAAAGUUUCUUGAGGAAGAGUAAAAAUAUGGUCUCAGUUGAUGUUAGACAUUUCAUAAUUGCUGCCCGGAAUUACUGGCAGAAUGAAGUGUUCUCUGUAGGCCUUAAGGUUCUUGAAACCCUUGAAUCACUUUAUGGCUUUUCCACGAAGUUAUUGUCUCAGUUUAGCCAAAGCAUUUUUCUGGUAAAUAUAUAUGUCAUUGCCAAGGACCUGCACUGCCAGAAGUAUGAUGCGAAACUGCGAAAGUUCUUCCAACUUUCUUCAAUGCAUUACUUUGUAAAAGUUUUUCCUCUUGAUUACCAGGAGGCCUUGGAGGAAAACAUAAUUUCUUUGAGAGGAACAGAGGUCUCCCGAAGCUUACUUGAGGAAUUUAUUGUUAAUGAUUUGAGUGGAAAGGGAAAACUUACACUUGGGCAGAUUGGACGGUUGAUGAUGAUAUGGCUUGGGUCUGCUGAACCGUCAGAUGAACUGUGCCAUAAAAUUUUUGAAAGAAUAAGAGAUGGUUCAAAUUGUAAAGCUUUCAUUAACAUUUUGAGGAGUGUCAGGGAGCCUUUAAAUCAAUCGACCUCAGCUGAUUCUCAGGAAGCUUCAUCUGUAGAUCCAUAUAAUCUUUUGGUUUGCAGAUUCCAUGAAGCUUUGAAUGAAACUUAUCAAAUCAAUUGGCAGAACUUUGAAGACUACAUAUCUCCUCAUUGCUUCGUAUAUCUUGUUGAACGUUUCCUGAUCUUGUCAUUCUGCCCAAGUGGUUUCUUUUACACAACAAAAUCUUCUUUUCUUGAGUGGCUAAUUUUUCAGAAACCAGGUGUCAGUGUGAUUGCUGGUUUUCAAACAAGUUGUCCAUCUAGUGAAAUCUUCUAUAAGUCCGUCACUUCCAUGGUGCAUUGGCUCCUCUUCCACAAUCUCGAGGCUCAUUGGAUUGCGAACUCUAAAAUUCAAUCCAGUAACUAUCAUAAGUUGCUGGUUUUGAGAUUGGUGGUCAUCCUUUGCUUACUGUGCAUGAAUUCGUCGUCUCAGGAACCUUGGAUUGCUCUCUUUGAUGCUCUGAAGACUCCAUAUAUUUCUUCUGAGCUACCGAGAGAAUUCAAUGCAGUGUUCAGACGUGGAGGGAAGCACACUGCAUUCGUAGAUAGAGUAAAAAUUGCUGAAGCUCUGAGAGUUCUCGGAAAUCCUGCUUUGCUCGUGAACUUGAAAGAAAAUACUCCUACCUCUGUGUGUCCCAACACCUUUUAUUUAGGCAUACACCCAAAUUCUUGCAGAGCGGACAUCAUGGAAAUGCUGUUCCCAAGGAAAAGUGUUACUUCUCCAGUCCAAAAAUCCAUGAAGAACUCAUGUUGUUUGCUUCCCCUGAUUGCUGACCUUGACAUAGAGACUUCAGUGUUGCCAUCUCCAGACGAUGCUUCCGCACAAAAUUAG